AUGGUGGGUUAUGUUGUACCACCACCUCCACUGGCUCGUCGGGCGUCAAGAGGUCCCCUGCUCAGCGGCGUGGUUCGAAUUCGAAGGAUUUAUCGGUACCGCUGCUACUCAAAAGCUCUAGGCAACUUUAAAGAAGAGCCUAGGAUUAAUCCUGUUGGUAUACAGUAUUUGAGCAAGUCUUUGCACAAUCAACUUUUCGGUCACAAAAAGCACAGUAAGAAAGAAGAUGCGAUGAGUCACGCUGAACAGAAAGCAUUGGUCAAUUUAUCUAAACAGUUCUUGAAAAAUUUUGAUCUGUUGGGGAAGAAGACAUCAAUAUCUGAGCCUAUCUCUUUUGAGCUCCCCAAAUUGCAAGGAAAAUCGUUGGAUGAGCAUUUCCAAAAAUUAGGUCAUUAUGCCUCUGAACCUUACAAGACAAUGUGUACCAAAAAGUUUCGAGAUAUUGUACCGAGACCGAAGAAAUGGUUGAAAAAACCAGGCUGGACGAGAUAUGAACCAGGUAAAGAUCCACAGGAAGUACCAUCACCGUUGGAAGAUACAUUAGUGUUUGAUGUGGAGACUAUGUACAUGAUCUCGUCGUAUCCAACUUUGGCAGUGGCACUUUCCGAUAAAGCUUGGUACCUUUGGUGCUCGCCAUUCAUUUGUGGAUCAGAAAACUUCGAGCACUUGAUUCCAAUGGAUUCUCUCGACAGGACUCGAGUAAUAAUAGGGCACAAUGUGGGAUACGAUAGGGCUCGUGUUCUAGAUGAGUACAAUUUUAAACCAUCCAAGGCAUUUUAUUUAGAUACUCAGUCAUUACACGUUGCAUCCUCGGGUCUUUGCUCGAGGCAAAGACCGCAAUUUGUCAAGAACAAGAAACUAAGACAAAGUAUAGAAUCGGAUGAGCAGGCGGCUACAGAUCUGAGUAUUGAGACUUUAGAAGAAGAUCCUUGGCUUAAUCUCUCUGCUAUGAACUCAUUGCACGAUGUAGCAUUUUUGCAUUGUGGUAUUCGAAUGAAUAAAGAACCUCGUGAGUUCUUUAGUACCACCGAUAAGAACGAUAUAAUUAACAAUUUCCAACAACUAACAAAUUAUUGUGCUACCGACGUAGAAGUUACAAGCAAAGUAUUUGAUAAAGUUUUCCCACUUUUUUUGGAGAAAUGUCCUCACCCGGUAUCGUUUGGUGCUUUAAGAUCUUUGAGCAGUUGUAUUCUACCAACACGUCAUAAUAAAUGGGAUACUUAUUUGAAGAGUUCAGAGAAAGUUUAUCAGGAAUCCAAGCAAGAUAUUGAAAAGAAAAUUAUCAAAAUCGUCGAUAACACCUUAAAAUCAAUAAAAUCAGAACGUUUCAUGGAAACUAUUAACAAUGACCCUUGGCUUCGCCAACUAGAUUGGACAAUCAAGCCAUUGAAGCUCACAAAGAAAGGUGUUCCUGUAAAAAAUCAGAAAUUGCCUGAUCAUCCCGAGUGGUACAGAUCUUUGUUCCCAAACAAGAAUGCGGCAACUCCUCAUAUCACGAUAAAAUCCAGAAGUAUUCCUAUUUUUUUUAGACUCUCUUGGGAAGGGUCUCCUGUCAUAUGGACAAAUGACAAUGGUUGGUGCUUUGCAGUUCAAAAAAGUUUAAAAGACGAAUACAAGGCCAAGAAUUACAUUUUGGCAGACGAACCUGCUAUGGAACAAUAUCUCCAGGAGAUUAGCCAAAAGAAUCCGGCAGCGGCUGAAAAUCAUGUCUUAUUUAAGAUUCCCCAUCCAAAUGGACCUGAAAACAACUGCACAACUUUAUUAAGCAAACCAUACAUUCAUUUUUUUGAGAAAGGAAUCCUUACUUCUGAAUCAGAAUUUGCACACGAUGCCUUGAAGAUAAAUUCCUGUGGUUCUUACUGGAUGUCAGCUCGUGAAAGGAUUUUAUCCCAGUUUGUUGUACCUCAAUCAAGCUUUCCCAAUGCUUUUAAACCACUCAAGGACGGCAAAGAAAAGUUCGAAGACCACGAAGAUUUGGGAAUCAUCUUACCGACCGUUAUUCCAAUGGGUACAGUUACUCGAAGGGCUGUCGAGAACACCUGGCUGACAGCAUCAAAUGCGAAGUCGAAUAGAAUUGGUUCUGAACUGAAAGCUCAAAUUGAAGCUCCAAAGGGCUACUGCUUUGUCGGAGCAGAUGUGGAUAGCGAGGAAUUAUGGAUCGCUUCACUGGUAAGUGAUUCAGUCUUCAACAUUCAUGGUGGGACCGCCAUUGGCUGGAUGUGUCUGGAGGGUAGUAAAAACGAAGGAACUGAUUUACAUACAAAGACAGCCCAAAUUUUAGGCUGUUCAAGAAGUGAAGCUAAGAUUUUCAAUUAUGGGCGAAUUUAUGGUGCGGGAGUGAAGUUUGCUGCUCAAUUACUUAAAAAGUUUAAUCCCUCUUUACCUGAUGAAGAAGCUAAAAGUAUAGCCAACAAACUAUAUGAAAGCACUAAAGGUAAGACGAAAACCUCGAAAAUUUUCAAGAAAUUUUGGUAUGGUGGUUCUGAGUCAAUUCUUUUUAAUAAAUUGGAAAGUAUUGCAGAGCAAGAUGAGCCUAAGACACCAGUUCUUGGAUGUGGUAUCACAUUUUCUCUAAUGAAAAAAAAUCUAGGAACUAGCUCUUUUCUACCAUCAAGAAUCAAUUGGGCGAUCCAAUCAUCCGGUGUGGAUUAUCUACACUUACUAUCUUGCUCCAUGCACUACUUAAUCUCAAAGUACAAUAUCAAUGCACGACUUUCAAUUUCGAUUCAUGAUGAGAUUAGGUUUUUGGUUGCUGAGGAAGACAAGUAUAGGGCAGCUAUGGCUUUGCAAGUUAGUAACAUUUGGACAAGAGCCAUCUUCUGUGAGCAGAUGGGCAUUGAUGAUCUACCUCAAAAUUGUGCCUUCUUCUCUCUUGUAGACAUUGAUCAUGUAAUGAGAAAGGAAGUGGAUAUGGAUUGUGUUACUCCUUCUAAUCCUGUUCCAAUUCCUCAUGGCGAGACUAUUGAUAUGAGGAAGUUACUGGAAGUAUCAGGAAGCUCUCUUCAAAGCCCGAAUGAGACGGUAAGUGUAUCCCAUUUUCCAUAUGAAUAUCGGGAGCCUGUCUUUGCCGAAUACAAUAAAGCAUACUCGAAAGAAUUCUGGAAAUACCUUCUAAAGAUGCAAGUACAAAAUACCAAAUGGAAGGUGAAUGCAUUAGAGUCCGCUUACGUUCAAGAAGUUACUAAUAAAGAAUUUGAACAGAAGGUUCGUCCAAAGCCGUAUGGUGUUCUUGAUUACUUGAAAGAAUUGAAAAAGGGCAAAAAACGAAAGAUAACCGUGAUGGACAACAGGCCAUUCGAGAAUGCUGAAGACUGGAUAGCUUAUUCCAAAGAAGUGGAAUCUGGGACCGCUGGAACUCCAAAGGAGCGUCGAUACGCUGCAACAUCGUCCAAGAGAAAUUCGGUACCAAGUGCGAUCACAAACGAAUCAAACCUCGUUACCCCUUCUCGUAUCGCAGUGUCUCAUGACCCCAUAAAUGCAUGUCUCUCUGCUGAUGCUACGGCUGGCCGUGCUGGCUCAACAGAAGGUCAAGAUCAACUCCUAGUCGAUCAGAGUGCUGCUCCCCGAAAAACGCGAUUGGCACAGCCAGAAAUGGUUGAUCAACCCCCCAAGACGUCAUCAUCAUGGACCAAUUCAAAAGGCAAGAGUAAACCAAGGCUAUUAGGUGGAAGGAAGGCUUAUGAUUUUUUCCAUGAACAAAUUGAUCUAUCGCAGCUAGAUACCAUUGAAAUGGAGAGAAGAUUAUCUAAGAUCAAUAUUGGCGCAGUUGUUGAAGAUGUAAUAAGUGAUGCGCCACCUACGCUUUCUAAAACAACCCGAGCAAAGCGUUCUAGAACUAAAAAACUAGUCAAGAAUAAGUGCAAUGAAAACGAAACCCGACAGAUGUUCAAUGACGCAAAUGGAUCAUCAAGGCACGACGUACAUGGACAGUACUAA